CAACUGAACACUGUUCAGCAAGCCAAAUUCCUCUACACUUCACGUGGCGGCCAUGAUACUUCGCCGGAACUCAUUUAUUUGCUCUGUUUCUCAAUGCAUGCAGCCGGCCACUUUCCAUUGUGAAACGCUGCCAAUCCGGUAAAGAUGCACAUCUUGUCAACGGUGGCCCGAUCCGUCACGUCACGAAGCCUAGCACGCGUCGAACAGAUUCAAUCAAACCAUGGAUCGUAUGUCCGGUUCUUCACGUGCUCCUGCUCCUUGUGUGGGGCAGAGGCGCCUCGUACAUCAGAAGAUAGCAUGCACCACUCCCGCUUGACGCUGCCUGGCAGUGGCCCCGUCAUCGUCGAGCACAGUAAGGGAGGAGCUAACCAAGCUGGAGCCUCUGACUCUCAGGCGGUAUCUCUUCAGCCACCGGAAAGACCAAAGGCCCCGUCAGCCUGGGGCUCCUUUGGUAGCAAGAUCGCCAAAGCCCGGCCAAUCCCAAAGGUCGUCAAGAAGGGCCCCGCGUCCACAGGAGGCAAAGCGCGCGCUUCUGGAUCGGUAUCAUCAUUAUCAAAUACGACAACAACAGCAUCGUCAACGCGAAAGGCCAAGAGCGCGAAACAGAACCCCUCACCACCGGCAUCGGCGCAAUGGGGCGCCUUUCACGCGCUACAAGUCCAAGGCCCCGCGCCGAACCCGAACCCGCUACCCAAGCCGAAGUUGCUGUCGAGACCGAGGGCUGGCGCACCGGCGCCACGUUGGAAGCGCAACUCGCUUACUGCGCAGGCGAGGGCUGGGAAAUGGGGCGGGUUUCAUCAGGAGCAGGGUGCGCCGGCUUCUGGGCACGUUAACGACGAGGGGCUGGUCGUGCACGGUGGACAUUGGUCGAACGUCGACUCUGUCGUUGAGGGAAAUCUGGAGCUGAGUCUGGAGACUUCUUUGUCAAAGGAUGUUGGCGACAAUUCAGAGGAGGUGGGGGCAAAAGAAGUGCCAUCCGAGGUUUUAACAGAACAAACUGUCUUGUCAAACCCACAACAUCGACAGAACGCGGCGUCUGUAUUAACCAGCAAACGGGGAAAAGCAAGGGCCAGAGCGGUUCCUAGAACCAGAUCUUGGAGAAAGGGCCCCAAGAGCGCCGUGGGAUCGGGAACUGGGAGCUGGGGAAACUUUUUCGAAGAUAUCGAGAGGAGCGAUCCUGAAAUCGCCAGGAUGACAGGCAGCAAAGAGGAAGCAGAUGCUCCGGCGCCGUCCCGUAGCAUCGCUGACGAUACCGCUUCAUCAUCCUCUUACGUUUCUUCUGAGCGGGACGCUACGGACGGUACUAAUGUACACCCCGAGCCAACACCUAAAUUUUAUGAGGAAAUUCUGCCUCUGACCUCAAGGCCCCACGAACCCAAUGCCUCAAAAGCCGAAGAUACCCCAGCUGCCGCCCCCCGCGCAGGACCCGAAUUCAUUACCCAGGCAGAGGCCGCCGCCCUCAUCGAUAGACUCUCGCACCAGAGGCGUAAGAGGAGGGUCCCGGUUAGGAAUGGACCCGGGCCCAGCCCUAGCGAAGCAGAGUCCGCAGACUCAUCAACGCAACUACAUCCACACCAACACCAGCCAGCGGUUCAAGAGGAUAUGACGAUAAUAUCCAGAGAGCAAGCGCUAUCUGUCCUGCUCCAGGAGCCUUUGAGAACGGUGCCUCGAGACGUCAAUGAGCAGAAGUAUUCUGCCAUUAAGGAAGGGCAAACAUGCCAUUCAGACAUCGUUUGCGCAGAGCAACGUCUCGCACAAGAGCGCUACACAAUGCAACGUCUCACAGAACAACGUCGUAUCAAGGAGGAUGUGAGAGAGCGUAGCGGAAUAGACUGGUACCCAGAAGGACGCCGCGUAAAAAAACGUCGCGCAGAGGAACGCCGCAUAAAAGAGCAAGAACGCCGCACAGAAGAGCGUCGUAUAAGAAAACUUCGCAGUGCAGAAAGGCGUGUGGAAGAACUCCACGAAGAAGAACGUCGCGCUCACGAAAAAGCACGUCAGGCAAGUGAACGUCGCGCUGCAGAAUUUCGCGUGCUAGAACGACGUAUAAAAGAACUUCGCGAAGGAGGGCUUGGCCCCAAAGAACGUCUCAAGAAAAAAUAUGCUAAUUUCCAGGCAAUGCAACAAAGUCGCCCUACUAAUAUAGCCAAGGAAGCCUUACGGGAUUUUGAUGAUAUCCUAAAAGAACUGUCUACGGAGACAGUUGAAUACCAUCACGAAGUGAAAUACAUCCGGAAUUGGCUCUACUGGCUGAGAGGACUUAUUUCAUAUCCGGAUGAAGGCCAUAAGGUACAAGGGUUUUGUGACCUCUGUGAGCGGGAGACUCAUAAAAUCACAAGACACCAUGUCAUUCCGAGAAGUCAACGUGAUCGCGACCGAUUCACUAUUGAAGAGAUGAACGAGUUGCUGGAACUUUGCCUUCCCUGCCACAUAAAUUUACACAGAGCCAUUCCAAACGAAAAGCUUGCUGUGGAAUUCAACUCUUUGGCGCGGAUUAUGACACAUCCUCGUAUUCAAUCCUGGUUGAUAUUCGCGAAAGCACAUUCUAUCAGGGACCUCCACGGUCUGAUGAGACUACCAGAUUCAGAUGGCAUACUUGAGCUGGAAGAGGAUGAGCACCGACUCCAUUUGCUCAGUGUUGAGAAACACGCCGCCCAGUUCGCAAGCCGGAGGCGCCAGGACAUUGUUGCUCUGCGCAACUUCCUGAAGCUUCGUAUUCCCUAUCCCGUUAAAAGAAGCGAACUAAGACAUGUGCUCACGAAUCAAAAAGAAGGAGAAAGCUGGAAAGGUCCUUUGCUCGAAAAGCUUUUCAACGACCGCUACGACCGCCGUGAUAUAGUUACCGAGGAAGGCUCUAAACGACGCAGAAGACGACACAGGCGAGUCGGCUCAUCAAGUGAAGUCUGAUCAGCAAUUGAAGCUCCGUUCAACUCCGCUGGUCUCCUCUUGGCUCAGCUUAGGUACAAGAUCCCUGGAUUUCUACCUACUUGCAGACACGCUCCCGUCGCCUAGUAUCAAGGGCGGCCUUAUAUCUACAGCCAAUCGACUUUAAAUUAUCCAUGCCAUUUGAGUCUGGAGUUUCACAUUGCUUUUGGUGCCCGUAGUUCUUCUGAGAGUUAGAAUUCGUGUCCGUCUCUGGUGUUGUGUUUCUGAAUGUGCUUCCAGUGAAGAAGGGAUCUGGAGAGCAGACAGCAGUGUUCCAUCAAACUGUUGAUACUGACGGCUUCAGCAAAAGAAGCAAAACAAAGUAGACAUACAACACCAGGUAUUCGCUGGUCGUCACCGACCCAACUACUAAUCCGGCCCUCAUUAGCUUGUCUAUGGGAGAGCAGACGG